AUGAGAGCAGACUCAGAGGAAGAUGAGAGAACAGAGGAAGCCAUGAGAGCAGACUCAGAGGAAGAUGAGAGAACAGAGGAAGCCAUCAGAGCAGACUCAGAGGAAGAUGAGAGAACAGAGGAAGCCAUGAGAGCAGACUCAGAGGAAGAUAAGAGAACAGAGGAAGCCAUGAGAGCAGACUCAGAGGAAGAUGAAGAAGAGACUGUUGUGUCAAAUGAUCCUGGUCAAGAUUCAGCCGCCAGAGGAAAAGAAAACGGUUUCACGAUGAGACAGAGACCUCUGUCUCAGACUUCUGUCUCGGACCUCUGUUUCGGAACUCUGUCUCAGACUUCUGUCUCAGACCUCUGUCUCGGAACUCUGUCUCAGACUUCUGUCUCGGACCUCUGUUUCGGAACUCUGUCUCAGACUUCUGUCUCAGACCUCUGUCUCGGAACUCUGUCUCAGACUUCUGUCUCGGACCUCUGUCUCGGAACUCUGUCUCAGACUUCUGUCUCAGAACUCUGUCUCAGACCUCUGUCUCGGAACUCUGUCUCAGACUUCUGUCUCAGAACUCUGUCUCAGACCUCUGUCUCAGACUUCUGUCUCGGACCUCUGUUUCGGAACUCUGUCUCAGACUUCUGUCUCAGACCUCUGUCUCGGAACUCUGUCUCAGACUUCUGUCUCAGAACUCUGUCUCAGACCUCUGUCUCAGACUUCUGUCUCAGAACUCUGUCUCGGAACUCUGUCUCGGACCUCUGUCUCGGACCUCUGUCUCGGACCUCUGUCUCGGACCUCUGUCUCGGUCCUCUGUCUCGGACCUUUGUCUCAGAACUCUUUCUCGGACCUCUGUCUCAGUUUGCUUCUUUACACUAUUGA